UGUGCAGUCACCACUCUUCUCACGGACCCCUGGUGGCGUGUAGAUCUGGGGACAAGUUACUUUGUCGAUGUAGUAGACAUUAUAGCCGGCGCAGAUGGAUUGACAGAUUUUGAAAUACGAGUCGGCGACAAUCUUGAUAAUGAAGGAAACUUAAACCAAAAGUGUGGAGGACCACACACUUUGACUUCUUCACAGGAAAAGUCGUUCUUUUGCACCCCAGGUAUCAAGGGUCGGUAUGUGAACAUCCGAAUAGCGAGAAACAACAAGAAGCUGGCCAUCUGUGAGGUGUCAGUUAAUCCUAAUCCAACAGUAAACCUUGCUUUGAGCAAGUCAGCUUCUCAGUCCUCUGUCUCCCACAAUGCUUACCCUGUGCGAGCAGUGGAUGGAAAUGCUGACAGUGACUGGAGCUCAUCAAGUUGUACACAUACAUAUAAAACAACGGAUCCCUGGUGGCGUGCAGAUCUGGGAUCAAGUCAGCACGUGUCAGAGGUGUUCAUAGUCAACAGAAUAAAGCAUGAAAAUAGGCUUUUCAACAUAAAAAUCCGUGUCAGAGAUAGUUUGGCAAAUAAUGGAAACUCGAAUCCGAGGUGUGGUGGCUUGUAAUCGAUGGCUUAUUCACUUAAAGCUUCGUUUUAUUGCAAACCGAGAAAAACUGGACGAUACGUAAAUAUCAGACUGGUGGGAAGUAGCAUGGUUCUGACUUUGUGCGAAGUGGAGGUGUAUUCCGAAAGAAGAGGUAUCUUAUAG